UGUCAUCGCCGGAAUCAAAGUUAAACUAAUCCGAAAAAAUUUAGAAAUUUACUGAAAAUUGUAUAAAAUAUUUGCUUCAGAUUAUUAUUAAUAAAAAUUUCAUGUCUAUAGCGUUGAUUAUUGCCUAAAUAAUUCCAGAAUUAAUCAAAAGUUCCGAUUACCGAGGAAACUCAUUGGAGAAUAAAACUUUAAAAACUGAAGGAAACUUGAAAUACCUACCUGAAAUCUAGGUGAAAAAUAGCGCGAUGAAAAGUUUGGUCCGAUGGCGAAGCAGUUUAAUGUAGUGUCGAGUGUUUGAUCAUGAAGUUCCCAUUUCUAUACCAUUUCAUUUUGUAUAGAAAAACAUCAAGUGUGCAGAACUAAAGCACACCACGACAGUUAGAGAAAUAACAAAACGUCGAGGCUUCGAAGUCCCUAGAAGGCGUCAAAAUUUAGGUCAUCUGAGGCAGAAUACACAAGUAAAAUUUAAAAAAUACAAAAAUGAGGCAUAGAUUUAUUGAUUUUCCCACAAGAAACACGUCUUCCUCUAUUAGUGAGAAAACGGAAUCAAACAUCGGAGAUCACUUUCGAUGGAAAAGUAUCAAACAGUUCUUAUACAUAUCUCACGCUUUUGCCUCCACGACCUACAGUUUUGAUUUGUUUUCCAAAUUGCUGCUUGUUCAUGCUCACUUAUUCGAGUAUAUAAUAUACGCUAUACUCAUAGGUGUAAGCUAUAUGUUCAUGGACUUCUUUAUAAAACAAUACACACGUCGGUUGGAUACAUGCAAGGCACUGAACCCUCUGAUGAGAGGGGUUUCCUUUGGGAUCCUUUUACAGACUGCGAUAUGGACUUUGUUGCAUGCAAGUAAUCUAGCAGAUGCGGUGAGAUUUGUCAUGGUCAGCUUAAGCCGGUCCCCGGCGUGGACCAAAUGCUACAACAUCUCAAACGUCACAUGUCUCUCGUCACAGGAAUUGAUAUUGAACUGUCGCAAUGCGAUGGUGACUGAUUUCAGCAAUACAUCGGCUCAUCUUAGUUAUGCGAGGCAGUUUUCCAGCUACGAUAGAAAUAGCUUGUCGAUGAGGCUGUUCGUUAUCGCGAUCGUGUGGAUAUGUAACUUCUUUGUCGCCACCAUUACUGACAGUGCGCUGUUAAAGCUUUUCAAAUUCUCAUUUCUGUUCGGGUUAUUCUCAACCGCAUUCAUAUUAAUAUUUUUAAUGUUUUCAACAAAAUACACCACCAAAGCUUUCUAUGAUAUCAUGAAUAUAAAGGAUGGAUUUAAUUGCAAAUCCGUCAAUCUAGUAACAGAUCCACUCGGAGUCGGCCUGAUAGGUGCUUACGACUUUGGGAACCUGUCUCCAUUUCUCAUGGUGGAUAAUGCAGUUAUAAUUUUCGCCUUAGUCUUUAUAAUGAGUGCCUUCGCGCGAUCGAUGAUAGUGCGAGUACUGUAUAUGCAUCUCAAUAAAUGUGUGAACGUGAAGUUGAUUGAGACGCCACACUACCUCUUGUUUGCAAUUUUACCGCUGAGUACGGAAUUCAUGGACGCGCACAAACUAUUUGUUUUAUACAUUUAUUUGUACCUUAUGGCUAUACUGGUUUCAUGUCUCGCCAUGUUCACAUCGAGCAUCUCUAGAUUACUACACAGCGAAUUUCGUUCCGUGAAAAAUAUUUACAUCGUCGGAUUGUUGUGUUUCCUGGGGUUUACUUUAUCGCUACCUUUAAGUAUCUUCACAAUAAAAAGAAGAUCGGGUAUUUUGUAUGGAUUAAAUGUGUGUACCCUGUAUCUAGGAGGUUUCAAGGUAGCCAUUGUUAUGUGGAUUUAUGGAGUUCAGAGGUUUGCGACGGAUAUACAGUUCUGCCUUGGCUUCAAGCCUACAAGGUUCUGGAUGUUUCUUUGGGCGAUGCUACCGGUUUUCAUUUUAGUGGUGUUAAUUUACAAAGCUAUCGAGAUAGCGCAUAUAGAGGACCCCAGGAGCCAGAUCACAGCUUUAGUGUGGACGCUCAUUACACUGUUCAUUGUGGUCAUUUUUAACGCAAAAAUUAUUGCUAAAUAUAUUUUGAAAAAUAAUUUAGCUGGAGUAUUCAAGAGUGAUCCCAAAUAUGGUCCUCCAGAGUUGGAUGAUCGUAAAAACAGAAGAAACUUCAAUGAAUUGUAUCACAGCAGGCAAUGUAAACACGAAUGUCUGAUUUUAGACGAAAAGUACGAUUGUAACCACUUGCCUCUAAUGUUUAAGGAUCAUUUGGCAUCUGAACCCUCUUCAGCGUCUUCCUUGACCAAUAUAUAUGACGCGGGCCCGUCGAAGAAACGAACUUCGAGUGUCAUAGAUGUAUCCAUUUUACAUAUGAAUUAAGCUCAAUGUACACUUGCAGAAUGGAGUCGAACCGAGACUAAACGUUUUUAAAGUUUCUCAAAUGUAAAUGAAAAAAACUAGCUCCUAAACUCGUAAUCUACUCGAGGAUACUCGAUACUAUCUCCGUCUAUCUGCCACAGGACUCCAUGAAAUGCAUAUAUCUAAAUUUGUGAAAUAAAUUUUCAUUUCAUUUCAUUUCAAAAAAUAUUAAAAAAAAAAAAUAUAUAAAACAGCCAAUUUAUUGCCCCGAAUCUACUGGACCGAUGAAGUUGAAAUUUGGCAAAAAAAUUGUGUGUUUCUGUGAAUCAAACGUGGGCGUGUUUGAAAUGAAUUUUGAUCAUGGCGGUCACUUUGGAGUGCAAAAUAGAAAACUAAAUAGUUUUAUAUAAUUAAGUUAUUUAAGAAUAUAUAUGAAAAUUUAAUAUUCCUACCUUUCCUCCACCCUUUAUCUCUGAAUUUUCUGAUCCCUAUGUCUCCCCCGUAUUUUAUUUUCACUAAAAAAUUCAACCUACCUAUAUAAAAGUUUAAAAUAAGUUUUUCGGAGUUUAAAUUGUUAUAAAAAAGUUGUGCCUCGGCUCUACUCCACUACGUAGGUAUGCGUUGGACUUUAGACUAGGUUUUGUUUGUUUCAACUACAAUAAACCAUUUUUCCAGUG